CCUCUCCUCUCCUCACGACAACAAUGGGCAUCCUCGCAUACCUCAACUCGACUCUGAGCCAGUGGGCAAUAAACACGGGGCUGUGGGUCCUCCUCUUGUCCCCCGACAAUGCGCAGCCGCUGGGCGAGUUCAUCAUCCUGUGCGCGCUAUGUUAUCGCGAAGACCCGGGGGUCAUGGACCAACCCGACGCGGCGGUGUGCGUAGGCGAGAUGCUCGACGGCGAGCGGGACGCCACGGCCGCGCUGCUCGCGAUGAAGAAGCUGCUCGAGCUCCCCGGCGUCAAGGAGCACUUGACGGCGCGUGACGUGCGCCGAGCGUACGGGGUCCCACAGCAUGUGCGCUUCGUGACGAAAGGACACGACCUCGACACGACGAUGCGCGACCUCGCGGCGCUGCGCACGAAGCUGGCGGCCGCAGCUGUGCCUCAUGCGCCGCCGUCUGGCCUGCUGACGGUCGAGGCGUCCAUCCGCGCGGCACACCACGUCGUCGACGCCGCAGCGCGCCUGGCACACGACGGCGUGUUGGAUGAAGGCGUUCUCUUCCCCGAGAAGGGCCUCGCACGGACCCACGACGACGUCAAGCAAGAGAUUGCAGAGUGCUCCCGGUUCAACCGCGCCCAGUGGGAAGACUCGCUGCCCAAGGGUAUCAGCAAGGAUGAGAAGCGGCUCGCGUUCCGCGAGUACACGCGCGCUGCGGCCGCCGCCGACGUGCGCGGCGAGGGGAGCCUGGCUGUUUGGCGGAGGGAGCGGCGCGCGUUGGUGCAGGCGUUGGCGGACGGGUAG